UUGCAGAUUGCGUCGAAACAUAAUCUAAGGCUCGGCCCUCACAAUAUUGAAACGGUGCUCAAUCAAAAGCAGCGAUACCUCAGGGACGAAAGUGGCCCCGGCGGUGGGUCACUCAGCAGUGAAUGGACAUCAUCGCCUAGAAAGGUUGUGUUCACAACGAAACCCACACCAGAAGUGCACAUUAAUUCCGCGCGUUGA